AUGAAAUUCGCCGUCGCAGUUGCCCUCGUCGGAGGCGGAUAUGCUGCUCCCCCGUCCGGCGGAUACGCUCAGGCCCCAUCUGGCGGCGGAUACGCUCAGGCUGGUGGACUCGGAGGAAUCCUCGGAGGAGGAGGCGGCGGCGGAUACGCCGGAGGUGCCCCCGCUGGAGGAGCCGGAGGAUACGCUGGAGCCGGAGGUUUCGGAGGAGGCCCCAUCGGAGGAGGAGGACCCAUCGGAGGAGGAGCCGGAGGAUACGCCGGACCCCAGGCCGCCCCAUCUUUCUCCGCCCCGGCCCCUAGCUUCCAGUCUGCCCCCGCUGCUGGAGGAUACUCUUCUGGAGCUCCCCAGGCUGCCCCAUCUUUCUCGGCCCCAGCCCCCGUCCAGGCCGCCCCCGCCCAGAGCUUCCAGUCUGCACCCGCUGCCGGAGGAUACGCCGGACCUCAGGCCGCCCCCGCCCCGAGCUUCCAGCAGGCCCCGGCCGCCGGAGGAUACUCCGCACCCGCUCAGGCUGCCCCCGGCGGAUACGCCGGAAAGAAA